AUGGCGGACCAGGACUUUGCCCCUCUGCAGAACGACCUACUCUUGAGGGCAGCAUGGGGCCAAACCGUCGAACGUCCGCCUAUCUGGGUGAUGCGGCAGGCCGGUCGUUAUCUGCCCGAGUACCAUGAGGCCAAGGGCAACCGCGACUUCUUCGAGUGCUGCCGAGACCCCGAAGUCGCGUCCACGCUGACUCUGCAGCCAAUUGAGCGCUAUGCUGGUCUCAUUGAUGCUGCAAUUAUCUUUUCCGACAUUCUGGUAGUGCCCCAAGCUAUGGGCAUGAUCGUUGAAAUGGUCGACAAGAAGGGCCCACACUUCCCCAACCCCCUACGGAGUCCUGGAGACCCUCAGUACGCCGAGAUCAUGCAGCGCCAGGUCGACGUUGCUGCAGAACUCGACUACGUUUACAAGGCAAUUACCCUUACCCGCAAGAAGCUCAAUGGUCGCGUGCCCUUGUUUGGCUUUUGCGGCGCCCCUUGGACCCUCCUGUGCUACAUGGUAGAGGGCGGCGGCACGAAGUUGUUUAAGGAGAGUAAGACAUGGAUAUAUAAAUAUCCUGAGGAGACAAAGGCCCUCCUUCAGAAGAUUUCCGAGGUCUGUGUUGAGUAUCUCGCACUUCAAGUCAAGGCCGGCGCCCAGAUUAUUCAAGUUUUCGACUCAUGGGCUGGCGAGCUGUCCCCUGCAUCAUUUAAGAAGUUCUCCCAACCUUACCUUGAGUACAUCGCCAGAAACCUUCCCCGGAGACUUAGGGAGAUGGGGCUGGAACCCGUCCCCAUGGUGGUCUUCCCCAAGGGUGCAUGGUACGCCCUUGAUGCCGCAUGCAACAUGGGCUACAAUGUUGUUGGACUUGACUGGCUGCAUGACCCGGCUGAGGCCGUGAAGACUGUUGGUGAGCGGCCGAUUGUCAUUCAGGGUAAUGCAGACCCUGGUGUUUUGUAUGGCUCUCGGGCUGCCAUUACAGAGGCGGUUGAAAAUAUGGUAAAAGGCUUCGAUUGGAAGAACCGCAGGCGAGGUUGGAUUGUGAAUCUUGGACAUGGAGUUACACCAUUCGUCAAUCCGGAUGAUUUGAGAUUCUUCUUUGAAGAGAUCCAUCGCCUGACAAAACUGGAUGAACAGCAAUAG